UACAUCAUAAUCUGAUCUUACAUUAUUUAAGUACCUACCUAAUACCUAUAUUAAAUUUCCAAAAUACAUUCAAAAAAUAAUUGCUUGCGAUCGGUCGACACUUGAUCCGUCAACGUGUUUAACAUUUAAUAGUUUUAAGCAGGAGCCGUAAUCCAGACAUCUUCCGGUAUCGUUUAUAUAGUUAUAAAUCUAGUUCUCAGAAAUAUGUACAAAAAACCGUCGAGUCCAUUAUACGCCAAUGUUUCUGGAGUAAAGUACAAGAGUGAAGAGUUGACUACCCAGAAUGAACCCACUUACUACAAUACAGUCACAAAUAAAAUGCCACAACCUUCCCAAGGCAUUUAUAGCAAUGUGAACUACAAUAAGAAAUCCAACAACAUAUAUUCUAACAUUGCUGAAACAGGCAAACCGACUUAUAAAAAUACUCAGUAUCCGUUAUAUGACAAUCUAAAACCAUUAGGUAAAGAUAACAUACACUGCCCUCCAUCUCCAGUAAGCUCUAGUUACUCUGAACUUCAAAAGGCAGUUAGUUACGAAGAUGAUGCUAAAGAUUUUGAUAAUUCUUCUUCUCAGGCAUCAAAAAUGUAUGAAUCAAUCUAUGAGCCUAUUAAUGCUGUUCGUCCACCUAGUGAGUUAUCAUCUACAUAUUCAAUGAGUAGUCUUUCACAGUCCAUUACUACUCGUGAACAUGAAACUGAAGUUGAUUCUUUAACUGAUCUCCUUGUAAAUUCAAUGUCUGUCAAUGAUGGUAAAAAAAGUUUGGACAGUAAUGCAAGUUCUUUAGAUUGGAAUUGUACUAAAUGCAAUGAAAAAGUAAUGGAAGAAGGUCUUGGGUGUACAGCAAUGGGUAAUAUUUAUCAUAUAAAAUGUUUUACUUGUACCCAUUGUGGGGAUCAAUUGGAAGGAAAGCCAUUUUAUCACAUUGAUAACAAACCGUACUGCGAAGAGGGUUAUUUGGAUACUCUAGAAAAAUGUUCAGUUUGUCAAAUACCAAUUUUGGAUAGAAUCCUGAGAGCCACAGGACGCCCAUAUCAUCCUCACUGUUUCCGAUGUAUUGUAUGCUCUACAUUAUUGGAUGGUAUACCCUUCACUAUCGAUGCAGCCAAUCAAAUUUAUUGUAUUGAUGACUUUCACAAGAAAUUUGCUCCAAAAUGCAGUGUAUGCCAAUUCCCUAUUAUGCCAGAGGUUGGUCAAGAUGAAACAGUAAGAUUUGUUGCAUUGGACCGAAGCUUCCAUGUACAAUGUUACAGAUGUGAAGAUUGUGAUACUUUAUUAGGAUCAGAAGCUGAAGGUAGAGGAUGUUAUCCAUUAGAUGACCAUGUGUUGUGCAAAAGUUGUAAUGCUAAAAGAGUUCAAGCUUUAACAUCAACCAUGAUUACCGAGCUUUAAACAACGCUAUACUCUAUUCCAAAUAAGAGCGCACUGGGAAACGUACAAAAGCCAGUCAAAUUCACGCAUGCAUAUCCCACUCUAGAAAGUUUCUGCGACUGUAUUCACGACGGCGUUGACAAUAGCAAACACAAAACAAUUAGGCUUUGUUAGGGGCUUGGACAUUGAUCCGCGGUUUAUUUGUAGGCGCCAAGGUGGUACGCUCUUAUUUGGAAUAGAGAAUAUGUCAGAACUUUACAAAUUCCUAAUUUGGAUUCAGCAAGCAAAUAUAUGAAAUUGACUACCAAAGUUAAUUUUUUUCGAGACAAAUCGUAGUUAUUAAGGCAUCAAAACAAUCUUAUUUAUCCAUCAUAUUAGUAUAAUCAUGUUUUAAUGAUGUGAUGUAUGCGUUUAUACUUAAUUAUAGCUUCUGAAAACUGUUGAUAAAUCAGUGGAUGGUAUCUACGCUUGCAGUUAACUUGUUAGUAUUAUUAAAAUAAUUUAUAAGUUAUAACUCAUAUUAUUGCAAUUAUUGUAUAAUUCAUUAUUUUUAUAACUUUUUAAUUUUUUAAUUUUUUUUUUUUUACUCUGAAUAUUAGCCAUUAUAUUAUAUUAUAAUAAUAAUUUGUCAUUAAUCAUAGUUGAAUAAUUCUCAUUCCAUACUACUGUUACAGUAAUACUUUUAUGUUUUAAGAUAGUUCCAAUUGUUGACAUUCUUUGCUAGUCUAUUAUAACUGAUAGUAAUUUUGUAAUACAAUUCUCAAAUUUUAUAAUUAUGAACCUACUCAUUACUCAUAUUUAUUUAUAUGUUAGUUUUAAAAUAAAAUUUUUUUUUUUAAACUUAAAUAAUCAUACUAAUAAUAUAAUAUAUUUUAUAUUGAUAUAUAAAUAAAUAUAUUUAACAUACUUAUUAAUUUAGUAGUCAAUUCAAUGUCUUAAUACAUUAUCUAUUUAUAUUAGAUUAUUAACUAAUGCAUUUGAAGUGAUAUAUCUUAUUGCUAUUAUUUUUAAUAUUAUUCUCACAUUAUUUAUAUCUAUGCUCUAAUGUAUACUAAAAUAUCAUAUGUAGCUUAGAAAGUGAUAUAAUAGCUAUUUAAAAUAAACAUUCAUUAACCUCAAA